UGAGAGUCAGCCCAGGCAGGCGAAUCGCCGCUCUGGUCCCUCCCGGGAUGGCCAGAGCCUCUGCGAGCCACCGAGCAGCGCCGAGAUGCUGCUCCUGUCCGUGCAGGCACUGCUCGGGCUCCUCCUGCUGCUCCCAGGUUCUACAGCUUCCACAAACUCCUCCAGCCCCACUGGAACAGGUCAAUCCCAACCUACAGUACCCACCCCUGCAGCAAAGAACCACAGCUCAGAACCAUCAGUAAAAUCAACACCACCGACCAACCUAAGCCUCACCUCUGUGGGUCAAACUACUACAGCCAAACCCUCCUCCACCAUUACAACAACCCUGACAGCAACCACCGAGCAAGAUGAGAAGUCUGGUGGAAACAGAAGCACAGCAGCUCCUUCUCCAACUUCUCCAACAAGUCAAGGUCAGGAUCCCAUGAGGAAUGAGAGCACCACAACAGCAGCAACUCAAGGUGCUUCCUCUUCACAGAGAGGCACCUCAGUACACAUCACCCCAGCACCCAACUCCUCCAGCCAACUGCCCGAGCCCACCCCGACAGACGAGAAAUCACCGCUGACAGUGGCAGCUUUUGGUGUCAUCAGCUUUGUUGUUAUCCUGAUAGUGGUGGUCAUCAUCCUGGUCAGUGUGGUCAGCCUGAGGUUCAAGUGCAACCACUCCAAGGAUUCAGAAGACAAACAGAAACCAGGAACCUCAAUGGUAUCAGAGAGCUGCUCGGCAGACAUGAGCCAGAAGGGGAACAGCAUCACUCUGAUCUCCAUGAAGAACAUCAACACCAACAACAGCAUGAGCUACCCCCCAUCAGAAAAGGUGCUAUGAAGCCAAGAGCCCAGAGAUUGAAGCUGACAUGUGACAACCAGCAGUGGCUUCCUAGGUUCUUUUUUUUUUUUCCCCCCUUCGGGGAAAGAGCAAGGGUGGACUUUAUAUAUAAAUUAUUAUGUCCUUUCUGAUCAGUACAUUUGCAGUAGUGUCCUACAUAGCUUCCCCACCUGGGGCCUGAGGGCUUUCUCCAGUUACAGCCUGCCACGCUCGGUGGUUGAUAUCUAACUCUAUUUUUGAUAUGCCUUCAAACACUCAGAUAAUUCCAGCAGCAAGAAGCACCAAAGCACCAUCCACUCCGCUAAUAAACCUCUGCCUUAGAUUAAUGGCCUUUAUAGUCUGUGCCAGGCAGUCACAGGCUCGUUAAUCAGCAUAGCCCCACGUCGAGCCAGACCCGCAAGCUGGGAAAGCCUGAUCCGAAGCUGAAGGCCUGAUGGGACUUAAAUGCCCAAGUUCUAGGUCAAAUCCCAGCACGACUGCUCCAAGCCCCUUAUCCCUGGUGCUCUCAUUGUCCCCACAGCAGUGGGAUGGUCACAUCCACCUACCUCACAGGGUUGUUGUGAGGCCUUGUUAAUCUCUGUCUGUAAAGUGCAUGGAGAACCGUGAAUUAAAGGUGCUGCUGAAAUGCAAAUCGCCA